AGUAAUUUCUCCAUUCAUCUUGUAAACAGCCCCACGAAACCACUAUGUUCUUAUUCUUGCUUCCGUUUCUGCUGUUGGCCGCCCUAGCCAACUCGGCUCCUCCCAAGGAAGUAGGAAAGCACUUCCUCAAAAUGGGCAAACAGGGAGACUACCAGUACGGAUACAAUGACGGCCACGCCGUCAAGGAAGAGUCUCGGUACGCCGAUGGAACCGUUCGAGGAUCGUAUCACUACGUGGACGCAAAUCGUGUCACGCAGAACGUGGUCUACCGUGCCGAUAAGAAUGGGUUCGUCGCUACCAGUACCAGUGAGUUGUUGGGAGUAGGUCAAGAGCCCCAACUGAAGGUUAACGUACCAGUAGCGGCUGAAGACGUUCGUCCCCCGCCGGUUGUGCCGACUCCUCCGUCCAACCAGGAACUGCCUGCCGUAUCCGACUUUGAUAUCCGGUUUGCUCCUGAUCAACUCAAUGUACAACCAAAUCCUUCGGCACCUGUUUGUGGUGCCUUACCGCUAGGAUACCCAGUGGUGCCAGCUCCUCCCAAGGAUAAUCAUCUGCAGUUUCGUGUAGGUGAACAGCCGCAAGUGAUGUACGUGUCGUUCAUGAUUCCCUACGUACUGCAUCCGCAGCAUGAAAAUGCAACAAAAGCCUAGGGAUUAGGGAAUACUUGAAUCGAAUUUUGUCAGAGACCAUGGAAGAUGAUGUUUGUUGACAAUGCAUCAGAUCUGAUUGAUUAUGCUUUCCCCGAGAAAUAUUUUAAUUAAACUUACUUUCGCCCAGUCCAAAAUAUAUGCCCGAUGGAGAUACAUAUAUGUUUUUUUUCGUCAUUUAUAAAGCACUACGAUUGAUAUUUACAGAAUUAAAAUUCAAUGAAUUUGCCAACAGAUUUAAUGCAAAAUGGAAUGUUUAUUGUUUCUGAACUGCCCGUCAGGCUUCAACUGUUGAGUAUAGGCGAUAUGUAUGGUUUAAUUGCAUUGUUUAGCAGUAUUUUAGCAUUAACACGUGGAAAAAAGGAUCUGUUCAAAGUUGUUGCGGAGCCGACAACCGUCAGACAUCAUAUGGCAGUGCUGCCAGCAAGAAUGUCUUUGAACUUUUCUGAUCUUGAUUUUUACAAUUUGGACAAUAUUUUAUUGUUUUCCAUAGGUAGCUGCAGAGUGGAAUUCAUCCAAGAAUUUCUUCUUAUUUUUCCAGGAAUUCCAUCUGACAUUCAUUUAGGGAUACAGAAGUCUCUUCCAAAGUUAAAAGACACGGACACAUAUAGUACUUUCAGUGAGCUAUUCGCUCUUUGAAGGAAGCACGACACUAGACAACGGACUAGCAUGCAACGCCCAGUGGCACAGCCGAAAACUUUUCCUGACAGCUGCGGCGGGAAUCGAACCCGCGCUCCUAGCACGAUGCGACUAAAUGCUUGGUGACACUA